ACACGGUAAGAAGAAUUCAUCUUUGCAUUGAUGGCAUAAGCCAGAGAAAAACGGCAUCAGGGAUGGAUCUGGAAUCAAGACAUCAUUUAUAUCCACGGAAAGCCUGACUGCCUUCUGCAGCAGGUUUCCAUAUGAACCGGCAGCACUGCGGAGAUCAAUAAAGCAGGAACACGAUCAGGUUAGUAGCACAAUCGUAUUUAAUGAUGUUUUGAACCGUGGUUUGUGUACAGAAGCUAGAGAUGUAACAGCAGAAGUUAUUCUUGUCUCGGGUGCUCCUGAGGGAGCUGCUGUGGCCGCAGGGCCGCUGCCUCUGGGGCCCAAGGGCAGGUGGUGAAUGUGAACCAGGGCAGGCGAGAGCUGUGUGGGCAUGUGGAGGAUUUUGCCCUGAAGCUCAAAUAAUGGUAGAAAAUCUUCCCACAGCCAAAAAAUCGGCUUUGUCAGGAUGGAGAAAGGCAGAGUGUAUUAUUUAUUUGUGUUUGUUUACUUAUUUGUUUCCCGUUAAUGAGGAAUGUUGUGGUGGGGCAGUGUCUGUGUACUGUGGCAGAGAUCCUUCCCUCGGAGUGGCACGGAGUAGGGAUCGGGGAUUUGUCAUAGGAAGUCUGAAUUUGAGUAGGGAAGAGUCUUCCCUGAGGAAAGGAGAUGCUGUGUUUGUAGCACUGGGCUGUGUCAUUGGUGACAAACUGCAGAAUGUCUGCCUAGCUGGAGAUCUUUGCCCCGCCACAGAGAGGUUCUUGCUGCAUCCUGGCAGAACUUGUGUGCUGGAAAGGAGAAGCAGGAGCUUGUCAUUCAUCAUGCAGGUGGAAAAGGAGGCUGCAAGAGCAGCUCUUCAUCGAGCUGUAGGAACAGUGUACAGGAGUGUGGUGGUCCCGUGCUUUUUCAGCAUUCUUGGAGGAUUGGCGUGCUGGGCUGUGAGGGGUUUGAAUCUCUGAAGGAAAGAUUCAAACAAUCCCCUGGGUUGUUUGGUGUAAUCGAAGCCUUUUGGGCAGAUGUGGAAAUAUCUGGGGCUUGGGCUGCUCUGUCAGAGUGAGGUGGAUUCUCUUAAUGAAUGCUGAAGGUAUGAACGAGGUAAUGGAUUCAAGAGUGUGUCCGUCUUCAAAAAGGGGAGGGAAACAAUAGAGAAGGGACAGUCUGUCGUGCAUACAUUGCAGAAAAGCAGGAAGUUUGUUCCUCAUCUGGAGAGAUGAAAGUCGGCAGGAAAGAGGAAGGGGAACUCUUGCCAAAACACGUCGGCACUCCAUGUCGAGAGUGAUGUAAUCAUAUGAAAAAUUAGUUCGUUAAAGAGACAAAGAAGAGGCAAAAAGAGAAGAAGAGAAGGAAUUGGGGAAACAGAAGACUGUUGAGAGAGAACGAGAAGAAGGAAGAAACAAUGCAGAAAUAAAAGAGAAGCGAAGAAGAAUGAAGAAAUAAAUGGAAAGAGAGAGAGAAUGGAAGAAACCAUAAACUAUUUUAGUGACAUAUCAUUGACGUCAUUUGACGUCAUAUGUGACGAGUCACCACUGCACACAGAAAGAAAGGAAGAUGAUAAAGGAAGAAAUAAAGAAAGUAUGCAAAAAAAAAAAAAAAGAUUACAAAGAAAAGAAAAUAGGAUGAAGCCAUAAAUUACAUUACAAGAGUGCACCAAAUAUAUAGCAGAAGAUCGGAGGAAUAAAGGAAAAAGAUAAGAAAGAAUAUAUAUCCGUAAAUUAGCAAAGAAAGGACGAAUAGAGGCAGACGAGAUGACCAACACGCACCGACAUUACCUCUACAUGCGGAACGGAGUCCGCCUUGCUGAGCGCACGAUCUGGCGCUUGAUGUCCGUAAUUAGUGCUGAUCGCUCCUGUUUGAUGAUCUCCACCACGGCGCCAGAGACAACAAACGAUCUGCCAGCAGGGGCAAGGAAGAAAGAAAGAUCGAAAGAUAAAAGAAAGGGGAGUAAACGAUAGGGCAUGAUAAGGCAAGGACGAAAAUGAUGACAAAGACAAGAAAGAAUUAACAGAAGUAAAACAUAAAAGAAAAAAAAAUAGAAAAUACAACUGAGAAACUAGAGAAGGCUAAGGAAGGAAGAGAAAGCAAGAAAGCAAAAUGAAGAAGAAGGAAAGAAAAGAGAGAAUGAGAGAAGCAAAUUUGACCACGGUAGGAAGAAAAAGCAGAGGAGGUGGCCAUGACUGAGCAGAGGCACAGGCGCCGUGUGGGAGCGUGUGAGGCGGCGGAGCAGCGCACGGUGUCGCUGCAGGCUCAGGAACGGCGUGUGGGCGGCUCCGCCCCGGUGCGGCGGAGAGCCCGGCUGUGAGCGCGGGGGGGCGGCGCGGGCCGGGCAGCAGAGCCGCUGCGUCCGGGCGGCGGCGGGGAGCCGUGCGGGGCCCGUGCCGGGGCCGGCAGGCAGAGCGGCGGCGGCGGCGGCGGCGGCGGCGGCGGCAGGGAUGGGCGAGCGGCGGUGCGCGUUGGUGCGGGUGCUGGUGCUGCAGGCGGCCUGGGCGGUGUCGGGCGGGCAGGUGCGCUACUCGGUGCCGGAGGAAGCGAAGGCCGGGACGGUGCUGGGCCGUCUGGCGCAGGACCUGGGCCUGGAGGCGGGCGAGGCGGAGGCGCGGCGGCUGCGGCUGGUGGCGCAGGGCCGGCGGGCGAGCGUGGAGGUGAGCGGGGCGAGCGGCGCGCUGGUGCUGAGCUCGCGGCUGGACCGGGAGGAGCUGUGCGGCAAGAGCGCGCCGUGCGCGCUGCGCCUGGAGGUGCUGGUGGAGCGGCCGCUGCGCGUGUUCCAUGUGGAGCUGGAGGUCACCGACAUCAACGACAAUGCCCCCGUCUUCCCCGCCGCCCGAAAAAACCUCAGCAUCGCGGAGCUGACCACUCUGCCGGGGACUCGUUUCCCUCUGGAGGGCGCAUCGGAUGCGGAUAUCGGAGUGAAUGCGCAGCUCACCUAUACACUCAGUCCCAGCGAGUGCUUCUCUCUAGAUUUAGAAAAAAUCGAGGAGGAUGUUGAGUCCUUAUUCCUGGUGCUCAGGAAACCUCUGGACCGGGAGACAAUCCCCGUUCACCGGUUGGUGCUGAUGGCGAGUGAUGGGGGCCGGCCGUCUCUGACAGGGACAAUGGAGCUGGAGAUCUCGGUGCUAGAUGUGAACGACAACGUGCCCCAAUUCAACCAGUCGGUGUAUAAAGUGCAGCUGCCAGAAAAUGCAGAACGCGGUGCUUUGGUGAUCAGACUAAUCGCCACAGAUUUGGAUGAGGGGUCGAACAGUGAUAUCUCCUAUUCACUCCAGAUCCUGUCGCCGCAGGACAGAAGAGACGUUUUUGGAAUCGACAGAAACAGUGGAGAGAUCCGCCUUAAGGGUGACUUGGACUUUGAGGAUGUCAGUCUCUAUCACCUGCAAGUAGAUGCGACAGAUAAGGGGACACCUCCGCUGUCGGGUCACUGCAAGGUGGUGCUGGAGGUUCUGGAUGUGAAUGACAACGCGCCGGAGGUGUGGGUGACGUCGCUGUCGGUGCCGGUGCCAGAGGACGCGUCGUUGGGGACGGUGGUGGCCCUGCUGAGCGUGUCGGACCGGGACUCGGGGGCGAACGGUCGUGUGCGGUGCUGGGUGUGGCCGGCGUCGCCGUUCGGUCUGGAGGCGACGUUCGCGGGCUCGUACUCGCUGGUGCUGCGCGAGGCGCUGGACCGGGAGCGGGUGUCGGAGUACGAGGUGGAGGUGCGUGCGGAGGACGGCGGGGCGCCGUCGCUGCGCGCCAGCCGCGGGCUGCGGGUGCCGGUGUCGGACGUGAACGACAACGCGCCGGCGUUCGCGCAGGCCGUGUACACGGUGCUGGCGCGGGAGAACAACGCGGCGGGCGCGGAGCUGGCGCGGCUGUGGGCGCGGGACCCGGACGAGGCGGGCAACGGGCGCGUGAGCUACUCGGUGUGGGAGGGCGGCGCGGCGGCGGUGUCGGCGUCGGGGGCGGCGGGCGGCGGGUGGCGGCCGGCGUCGAGCUACGUGUCGGUGGACGCGGAGAGCGGGCGCGUGUGGGCGCUGCAGCCCUUGGACUACGAGGAGCUGCAGGUGCUGCAGUUCGAGGUGCGCGCGGUGGACGCGGGGGAGCCGCCGCUGUGCGGCAACGCCACGGUGCAGCUGUUCGUGCUGGACGAGAACGACAACGCUCCGGCGCUGCUGCCCGCGGGCUCGGCAGCGGAGGCGGGCGGCGUGGCGGGCGAGGCGGCGGAGCUGGGGGCGGUGGCGGCGGCGGGGGCGGUGUCGGGCUCGGGCACGCUGUGGGCGUGGGCGGCGUGGGGGGCGCCGGCGGGGCAGGUGGUGGCGAAGAUCCGCGCCGUGGACGCCGACUCGGGCUACAACGCGUGGCUGCGCUACGAGCUGUGGGAGCCGCGGGGCAAGGGCCCGUUCCGCGUGGGGCUCUACAGCGGCGAGGUGAGCACGGCGCGGGCGCUGGACGAGGCGGACGGCCCUCGCCAGAGGCUGCUGAUCGUCGUGCGCGACCACGGCGAGCCGGCGCGCUCGACCACGGCCACGCUCAGCGUGUCGCUGGUGGAGGCGGCCGAGGCGGCGCUGGCGGCGGGAUCCUCGUCGUCUUUGUCGUCUUUGUCGUCUUUGUCGUUGUCGCGGGCGGCGGGUGCGGGCGCGGAGCUGGGUCCCGGGGCGGCGAGCGCGGCGACGAACGUGUGGCUGGUGGUGGCGAUCUGCGCCGUGUCGAGCCUGUUCCUGCUGGCCGUGGUGCUGUACGGGGCGUCGCGCUGGGCGCCGCGGGCGGCCGUGCUGUCGGGGCCCGGGCCCACGACGCUGGUGUGCGCCAGCGAAGUGGGCAGCUGGUCGUACUCGCAGCGCCACAGCCGCAGCCUGUGCGUGGCGGACGGCGCGGGCAAGAGCGACCUCAUGGUUUUCAGCCCCAACUUCCCUCCGCCGCCGCCGCCUGGCCCCGCGGCCAAGGACACGCAGCCGGAGCCGUCCGCUCUCCUCGACACGGUCAGUUUUAUUACCUUGCCCGCCUCUCACCACGUCCCUCCCUUUCUCUCCCUUCUCACCCGCCCUGUGGGUUGUCUCUAUUUUCUACCGGGCUCCGCCCCCACAGCCUUUACGCCUGUGGUUGCUUGACCGGUUCUUUAGGCUGUCAGUGCCUCGUUUGCAUGUGCCUUGGGUUGGAAUUACAUAUAUUACCACCUCUCGGAUUAGUUACUGUCCGUAGCUGAGGUUUGCUGCCCUGGAUGUGUGGCUCUCCCUUUGAAUGGUAUCAUGUCAAUUGCCAUGAGAGAUGUUUGGAGGUGUCAAUUUCUCAGGCAAUGAUUUUGCUUUCUGGUGUUUUGCAUUUCCACCCGAGCUUGCUUGAAACGGUGCCAGGACACACAGGCUGUGGUGGUUACUGUCCCCCCGGCACUUUGUACCACUUUAUUUCCACUUCUAUAUGCCAAUUUUGUUAGUGGUAGUCUGGAUUAUUUUCGAAAUCUUUCUCCUUUCUUUUUCCCCUGCAAGGGAUUGGAUGCAAGAUGGCAACUGGGGCAUCAAGGAAAAGUUC